AUGCGUGCGGAAUACUUCCGUUCAAAACAGCGGCGGCAGGCCUCAUCCACCCGCCGCAGCACCGUCAGCCCACCACACCCUUUCCCCACCGAAUCAUACCCACUCCAUUCCAUUCCAGGAACAAAACGGAGAGAAGCAAGCCGACAGGAUGAAGCAGCGGAUCUUAGCCGCCGUCAUCCACCUCCUCUCCCUCUCCGCCAUCUCCGCCGCCGUGGAUUUCCUCUUCAACUCCUUCAACACCUCCGACCUCCUCCUCGUCGGCGACGCCCGCGUUGACUCCUCCGUCCUCCGCCUCACCAACGACUCCAACUACUACUCCAUCGGCCGCGCCUUCUUCCCCUCCCGCCUCCAUCUCUCCACCGCCCCCAACCGCACUCUCUCCUCCUUCUCCACCUCCUUCGUCUUCUCCAUCCUCCCCGACAUCCCGAGCAGCCCCGGGUUCGGCCUCGCCUUCGUCCUCUCCAACUCCACCUCGCCGCCCGGCGCCAUCUCCGGCCAGUACUUCGGCAUCUUCUCCAACUCCACCCGCCAGUCUCCGGCGCCGCUACUCGCCGUCGAGUUUGACACCGGCCAGAACCCGGAAUUCAACGAUCCUGACGGCAAUCACGUCGGCAUCGACCUCAACUUCAUUCAAUCAGCUAAAACUCAUUCCGCCGGCUACUACCGGAACGGCUCGUCGGGACUUGAAUUCAUUCCUCUUGACAUGAGAUCAGGGAAAAAUAUCCGAGCUUGGAUCGAAUUCGAUGGGCCUCAAUUCCAAAUCAACGUCACAAUCGCCGCCGCCGAGGAUCCGAGACCGCCGCAGCCACUGAUCUCCUACACGGACCCGCAGAUCGCCAACUACGUCUCGCCGGAGAUGUUUGUCGGCUUCUCGGCUUCGAAGGUCAAGUGGGUGGAGGCUCAGAGGAUUCUCGCCUGGAGCCUCAGCGACACCGGCGGCGCCGCGCGGGAGCUCAACACGUCCAAUCUCCCCGUCUUCCUGCCCCAAUCUUCGUCCUCCUCGUCAUCUCCAUCUCCAGGACUCAUAGCCGGGGUCUCUUGCGCAUCCGUUGCUCUCGCAAUCCUCGUCCUCUCCUCGGGUUUCUACUACUACUAUAGAAAGAAGAGGGCUAAGAUCCGGGAAGAAGGAAAAGAAGAGGAUGAGGAGGACGAAGAGUGGGAACUGAAGUACUGGCCGCGGCGAUUCUGCUAUGAAGAUCUCUCGAACGCCACAGAUGGGUUCUCGAAGGAGAGACUUCUCGGAAUCGGUGGAUUUGGGAAGGUCUACAAGGGGGCUCUCCCGGUUUCGAUCUCCAGAGGAAUUGAAGGGGGAGGAGGAGGAGAAGCGGAGGAGGUGGAGGAAGUGGCGGUGAAGUGUGUGUCCCACGACUCGAAGCAGGGGCUGCGGGAGUUCAUGGCGGAGAUAUCAAGCAUAGGGAGGCUGCAGCACCGGAGCUUGGUCCCGCUCCGAGGGUGGUGCCGGAAAGGAAACGAGUUGAUGCUGGUGUACGGAUACAUGCCCAACGGCAAUCUUAGCCAGUGGAUCUUCGACGAAGGGAGGAGGGAGACCAUGGGGUGGGUGGCGCGGCGGCGAGUGCUGGCGGAUGUGGCGGAGGGGCUGCAAUACCUGCAUCAGGGGUGGGAGCAGGUGGUGCUCCACCGGGACGUGAAGAGCAGCAACAUACUGCUGGAUGGCGAGAUGCGGGGGAGGCUCGGAGACUUCGGGCUGGCCAAGCUGUACGAGCGAGGGGCGGCGCCGAGCAACACCAGGGUGGUGGGCACGCUGGGGUAUCUGGCGCCGGAGCUGGCGUUGGCGGCGACGCCCACGGUGGCGAGUGACGUGUAUAGCUUUGGGGUGGUGGUGUUGGAGGCGGCAUGCGGGCGGCGGCCGAUUGAGAGGGCGGCGAGGGUGGAGGAUGAGGAUUGGGUGCUGGUGGAGUGGGUGAGGGAGAUGUAUGCGGAGGGGCGGCUGGUGGAGGUGGCGGAGAAGCGGAUGGAGUUCCGGGAGGAGGAGAUGGAGCUGGUGCUCAAGCUGGGCCUGGCCUGCUGCCAUCCCGAACCGGAGAAGCGGCCCGCAAUGAGUGAGGUGGUGGCCCUGCUGCUGGCCGCCGAGGGUCCCGGAAACCCUGCAACAGACUCUGCUCCAAUAUCUCUUUCUUCUAGUGCUGCUGCUGAUUGACAUUAGUGUUGUUGGAAGGAAUUUUGUUUCUAACAAAAAAGAAGGAAUUAUCUUUAAUUCUUGAGGGACUUCAGAGGCCUACAAGAAAGGCUUCUACUACAAUGGAGCCGACUGACAACCACUAGGAGGGAAUGGAUCAACAUGUGUGACAAUAUACUGAACUUCUGUGCUACCGGAGAUCUGAUAAGUGGUUAAGAGCAAACGAGGUGGUUGACAUAAUCAGUGCUUAUGGAAUAGUGAGAGAAGACA